GUCGUAUUUUAAUUGCUUGUUGAUUUAUUCCGCACAUUUCAAUUUUUUUUAUUGCAAAUUGCAAGUAUAUCGGUUGUGGUCUUAAUCUUUUGAAUUGUGAUUUGCUUUCUUCAGAUGUUAGAAAUUUGCCCUAAAUUAAGGAAAUGUGAAUUUAUUCCAGGCACCGUGUAUUUAAUUAAUUACUUUGGGGACAUUUCAAAAACGAAUAUAUAUACUGGUGACUAACUGUAUAACUGCCAUUGCAGUAUUUUAGGUGACCACCUGAAAAAUUGUAAAUUUGUUGUAAAGUAAUUGUUAUUUCUUUUAAAUUUGAGGUUGCAGGAGCUAUUUCAUUCAUAUUAAAUUAAGGGGACAUAAUAUUAAUCCUAAAGGAAAUGGAAGAUGAUGAAUGGAAAAAAUUGCCUAUUGAAGAUAGAUGUGUUCAUAAAUCUUGGAAAGCUAGAAUUAAUGGUUAUGAGGAAGUGACAAAAUUAUUCAAACAGAUAGACGACGAAAAGUCACCUGAAUUUGCAAAAUAUCUUGGUCUUAUCAAAAAAUUUGUAACUGAUAGCAAUGCUGCCAGCCAAGAAAAAGGAUUGGAGGCCACACUUGCCUAUGUUGAGAAUUACGCACAUGCAGGGAAAACUGUUGGAGAAGUGAUGUCAGGAGUUGUCACAAAGUGUAUGGCAGCACAAAAAAUAAAAACUAAAGAGCUGGCAUUACAAGUUACUCUUAUGUUUGUUGAAAUUGAAAAGCAAGAGGCUGUGGUAGAAGAACUAAUUAAAGGAACUGAACAAAAAAAUCCCAAGAUAGUUGCAGCUUGUGUAAAUGCCUUAACAGUAUCUUUGAGAGAAUUUGGAUCUAAAGUUAUAAAUGUCAAGCCAGCUAUUAAAAAGAUUCCGACUUUAUUUGCUGAUAGAGAUAAAAAUGUUAGAGAUGAAGCCAAAGGAAUGGUUGUUGAAAUUUACCGAUGGAUCGGACCUGCUCUUAAAUCUCAACUAACUGGCUUGCAAGCUGUUCAAAUAACAGAGUUGGAAGCUGAAUUUACAAAAAUUGAAGGGCAGAAGGUGUCACCAACGAGAUAUUUAAGGUCACAGCAAGAAAAGCAGAGUAAAUUAGCAGCAGAAGCAGUUGAAGAUGAUGGUAAAAAUAUAUUGAACAUUGAAAGGUUGUUAAUAAAAGAAAUUACUGUUUUAGAUGAAGAGCCACAAGAUGAAACAAAUGCUGCUGUGCCCAUUGACGCUUAUGAUCUUGCAGAUCCAGUUGAUAUUCUUUCAAAGUUACCUAAAAACUUUUAUGAGCAACUUGAGUCAAAAAAAUGGCAGGAGAGAAAGGAAAUGUUAGAACUGUUGGAAAACCUUUUAAAAACGCCCAAAUUAGAAAAUGGAGACUAUGGUGACCUAGUAAGAAGUCUAAAAAAGAUAGUGCAAAAGGAUAGUAAUGUAGUUGUAGUUACUGUUGGCACUAAAUGUUUGGGUGGUCUUGCGAAUGGAUUAAAAAAACGGUUUCAAACUUAUGCCGGUGUGUGUUUACCAGCUCUUUUAGAAAAGUUUAAAGAAAAGAAGCAAACUGUAGUAGUUGCUAUUAGAGAAGCUGUUGAUGCCAUAUAUUUGUCGACAACAAUCGAAGCUAUUUUUGAGGAUGUAAUUGAAAUUUUGAACAAUAAAAAUCCUGCGGUAAAAUCUGAAACAGCCUUAUUUUUGGCUAGAGCUUUUGCAAAAACACAGCCUACAGCUCUAAAUAAGAAAUUACUAAAAGCAUACAGUAGUGGUUUAAUUAAAAACAUCAAUGAACCAGAUCCAACUGUUAGAGACAGUUCAGCUGAAGCAUUAGGUAUUCUUAUGAAAUUGGUUGGUGAGAAAGCUCUGGGUCCGUUUUUGACGGAAUUAGAGAAAGAUAAUUUGAAAAUGAUGAAAAUAAAGGAGUUCAGUGAUAAAGCUGUAAUACUUGUGAAAACUCCUGCAGUAAAAAAAGGACGUGCCGCUACUGCUCCUCCUAAAAUAAGCGGGUCUAAUGAAAGUAACAAGACUGUACCUAAGAAAUCUGUACAAACAACACAAAAAAGUUCAUCAUCAGUGCCAUCUUCAGGGACAGCCACUAUUGUAAAAACAAAGAAGCGUGUUGCAUCUGCAGUGUGUUCAGGAACCACAACAAUAAUUAAAAGUAAGGGUAAAGCUACUCCAGAACGUGCUAGAGAAAACGAAAUAAGUGAAGAAGAAGCAGUUGAAAUAUCAACAGAUUUAUUGACUGAUGAAAUUAUGAACGGCCUCAUUGACACUAAUUGGAAAAUUAGACUUGGUGCUAUUGAGAAUAUGGCUAAUAAAAUACAAAUGAUGGAAUCUGCCGAAGUUCCUACCCAAGCUUUUGUCAAGGUUAUCAAGAGAAAACCUGGAUUAAAAGAUACGAAUUUCCAAGUGCUGAAGGCACGAUUAGAUAUUAUAAAAUAUUUGGCAGAAAAUUGCAAAUUUUCUACAACUACAGGAAAUGCUUGUAUUUCUGAAAUCGCAGACAAAUUGGGCGAUUCAAAGAAUGGAACUACAGCUGCUGAAACAUUGACAGCUAUUGCAGAGGCUACAAAACUGGAAUUUGUGGCAGAAAAUGUAAUGGAUUUCGCUUUUAGUCAAAAAAGUCCUAAAGUUAUGCAAGAAAGUCUUGCUUGGUUGUCUGGAGCAAUAAAAGAAUUUGGUUUGGGGAAUAUGAACGUUAAGAAUCUAAUAGAAAAUUCAAAAAAAGCUUUGGGUUCCACAAACCCUGCUGUCCGAUUAUCUGCAAUUAAUUUCCUUGGUACUCUAUAUUUAUAUCUGGGACCGAUGUUACACAUGUUUUUUGAAAAUGAAAAACCCGCUCUAUUGGAACAGAUCAACGCUGAGUUUUCAAAAUACGAAAAUGAAAAACCACCGGCUCCCACGCGAGGCCUUAAAAAGUCUCCAACGACGGAAUCAUUAGGUGGUGAUACUGAAGAGAUCGAGACUGAAGGUGCGUGUGCAGACGGGGAAAUUAACAUCCAAGACCUACUUCCACGCGUUGAUAUAAGUUCACAAAUCACCGAAGCUCUAAUAACUGAGAUGUCAGAUAAAAAUUGGAAAGUGAGGAAUGAAGCACUUGUCAAAGUUAAUACUAUUAUACAAGAGGCGAAAUUGAUUAAGCCCAACAUUGGGGAUUUACCACAGGCUCUUGCUUUACGCCUAGUUGACAGCAAUACUAAGAUAGCUCAGGCUGCUUUAGGCAUUUGUGAAAGCAUUGCUAAUUCUAUGGGACAACCAUGCAAACAGUACAUAAGGGUAUUUUUGCCAGGAUUUCUGCAAGGCCUUGGUGACAGUAAAGCUUGGAUUAGAUCUGGCUGUAUUAAUUGUAUGAACACCUAUGGAGAACUGUGUGCCUACAAAGAAUUUUUUGAAGCUGAAAUGAUUGCAGACGCGUUAAAAAUUGGUUCUCCAACUCUACGAACUGAAUUGUGGAAUUGGCUAGCUGAGAAAUUGCCAAAAAUGAAAUCCUUACCUAAGGAAGAACUUCAUGCUUGCAUUCCACACCUUUAUUCAAAUUUGGAAGAUCGGAAUGCGGAUGUGAGAAAAAACGCCCACGAAGCAGUCUUUGGCUUCAUGAUACAUUUAGGAUACGAUUCGAUGUUGAGGCAAAGUGAUAAACUCAAGCCUGGUUCGAAGACGACUAUUGUGGCCGCCUUAGAUAAAGCAAGGCCAAAUCUUCCCAUUAAGCCUCUUCCAAAAGCGAAGGCGUCUGAGGAGAAAGAAAAUAAGGUCGUUAGGGGUACGAAAUCAGCUACAAUUGUAAAACCUGGUACUAAAGCUAAGGGUCCAGUAGUUGUUCCAAAAUCUGCUCCUGUUCGUAAAAAGGAAGAAGAGGUGGAUACGUCUCCUUUACUGACUGUUAACAAUAUGAAACAUCAAAGAACAAUAGAUGAAUCAAAACUCAAAGUUCUCAAAUGGAACUUCACUACGCCUAGGGAAGAAUUUGUUGAACUUUUAAAAGAACAAAUGACUAACGCCAAUAUUAACAGGAAUUUGAUUGCUAAUAUGUUUCAUUCAGAUUUUAGAUAUCACUUAAAAGCAAUUGAUUCAUUAAUGGAAGCACUUCCAGACAAUAUCCAGGCUUUGAUUUCUAAUUUAGACUUGAUAUUGAAGUGGGUUACCUUACGCUUUUUUGACACUAACCCGUCCGUUUUAUUGAAAGCUUUAGAAUACUUGCAUUCUGUUUUCAAUGCCUUAAUAGAAAACAAAUAUCAUCUGCUGGAAAGCGAGGCUUCUUCAUUUAUACCAUAUCUUUGUUUAAAGACAGGAGAUCCUAAAGAUGCUGUAAGAAAUGGAGUUAGGUCAUUAUUCAAUCAAAUUUGUAACAUUUUUCCUGUUAGUAAAUUGUUUUCGUAUGUCAUGGAAGGUCUGAAAUCUAAAAACGCCAGACAGAGAACUGAAUGCUUGGACAUUAUGGGGUCUUUGAUAGAAAACUAUGGUAUUGGUGUUUGUGUUCCAUCUCCGUCCGUGUGUCUUAAAGAAGUUGCAAAACAGAUUUCUGAUAGAGAUAACAGUGUCCGAAAUGCCGCAUUGAAUUGUGUUGUUCAAGCCUAUUAUAUUGUUGGUGAAAAAGUGUUUAAGAUGGUUGGACAGAUUUCAGACAAGGACAUGUCUCUAUUGGAAGAAAGGAUAAAGAGGGCUAAGAAACCAGUUCCGAAAAUGAUAGCUAAAGUUGAACCUAUGACAGCUGCUUCACUAAAUCCCAUUCGUAGCAAUUCACAUGAUAGGCAAAAUACAAAUGUGAACAGUUCCCGUAACAUCGAAGUGUUGCCUUCCAAUAAUUCCACUAAUGGGCAAAUGGACACUGAAGACGAUGUUAUUGAUGAAGAUGAAUUUCCCAGAGUGACGCCUUUAUUGCCUCAACCUCCUCAACAAGAAAUUACCGAGUACAGUGGACCCUACCAGUUGGAUCCCGAACUUCUAAAACGUUUGGACAGCAUAAAGUAUGAUAUGCCUAAAUUACAAUUGUACCAAUUUGAUCUCGAUUUCUUGAAAGAUGAGGUUGUAGUUCCAUCUAUUGAUGAUGCCCGCGUAAAGGUGAUGCCUUUAUCUGCGCCCAACCCUAUAUUGCCUAAUCAAUCGCCUCUUUCUGGUUCGGCUUCAUCCCUUCGACAAGGAGGAUCCAGGGAUUAUUUGCUUGAAAAACUGAUUAAACAAAUGAGUUCGACCGAUAGAGCUUCAGCGUUUGAGGCAAUGGAUCAUCUUCAAACUCUUUUGAUUUCAAACAAGGGACAGUUAAUGGCAGAAUAUGAAGAUUCUUUUAUGUCUGGAAUUGCAGCACAAUUGAGAAUCAUUGCUCCUGAAGAUCCUAGAAGUAACGAAUCGGUGACAAGGAUGUAUAGAUUGAUAUUAACCGCUUUGGACGCAUUUUAUCAAAAUAAGAAUGUAGGUACAAAAGUGUCAGUUCCUUUAUUAAAAGAAGUUCUAACGCGACUUAUAUUGCUUCUUGUGGAUGCAAAGCUUGAAGGUUGUCACGAUGGUGAUGCUUUCGUGAGGGUUGUGAACGUACACUGUGUUAAGAUAAUCGAAAGAUCUGAUCAUUCCAAUACAAUUUGCGCUCUGAUACAACUGCUACAUGAAUGCAUAAGGUCUGAGGGAUCGCCAAGGCAAACUGAAUUGGUAAUGAAGUGUUUGUGGCGGGUUAUAAAAAUCAUGCCCACAUGGGCCGAAGAACUAGACUAUGAUAGUAUCUUAUUGGAAAUCCAUAAUUUCCUUAAAGACUACCCUAGCGCAUGGUGGAAAACCAAACCAUCUGACACACCUUUAAGGACAAUUAAAACUAUAGUCCAUUCGAUGACUAAGGCAAAAGGAGGUCAGUUAAUGUUGCAUUUGGGAAAGGUUCCCAAUACAAGCGAAUCAGAAUUAGAAAGUUACAUUUUAAGACUUCUUAAGAGUUUAAAACUAGAAGAAGUUAAGCAAAUACCUGUAAAGACUGACACUUUGUCUCGAUCAGCUCAGAAGACUUUGAAAGAGAUUUUUGAAAAAAUGGCUAAAAAGAGCGACGCCAAAGACGCCUUAAAUCUUCUAUAUGAUUUCCUUCAACAACAUCCUGAAAUAUCGAUCGAGCCGUAUCUGAAAGAGAGUAAAAUUCUUCAGGAUUAUGUUAACAAUGGUCUGAAAGAGAUAGGACAAGCAAGAAAAGCUUUAAAAGAAACGGAGAAAUUUGCCGAAGUAACAGCAGAUACUGAGACGUCUGCCUCCAAAGGUUUGGAUUCGAAAGGUGUGGAAUAUUACAAAGAAAGACUGCAAAUGUGGAACGAAGUUUGGAAUCAAGUAACAAAAGGGUCGCCGCAAAAAUAAACAAAUUUUCGGAAAGAACAAGCUUCUGUAAGACUUCAGUAUUUUUUUAAAGGAGGUAGAAAAUAUAAAGCGAAUUUAGUUAGUAUUGUUAGAUUCAUGUAUCUCUGCAGGUGCUGUUUAUAAUCUGACUAACCAGUAGGCAUUAUGGUAAUUAUUAAAGUAGUUACUGUUCCAUUUAUAUUAAUUUGUUUCAUACUUGAAGUUAUCAAUUUGAGAUCAGUAUUGG